AAAUCAAACUAGCUUCACAAAAAAAAAACAAAACAAAUCAAAGUAUAAGCUUCACAAUAUUCAAGCUUCUUCUACUCUGUUCUUUAACAAACCCAAGAAAAACAAAAACAAUGAAGCAAUUUCCAAGCAUAAGAGGAAACAUAGAUGAGAAGAUGAUGACAAGAAUGGUGGAGUCUCAGACACGGUCUCCGUGGCAUACACCGGUUCCUUACCUAUUCGGUGGUUUAGCCGCCAUGCUUGGACUCAUAGCCUUCGCUCUCUUGUUACUCGCUUGCUCCUACUGGAAGCUCUCGCGGGGGACAGAAGAUGAAGAGAAACAGACGGAGUCCGGUGAGAAAGUGGUGGCUAAGGUUUUUGAGGAGAAGAUUCUUGUGAUCAUGGCUGGACAAAACAACCCUACCUUCUUGGCCACUCCAGUCGCCGCCAAGAUUUGCUUGGAGUGUGUAAAUAUGGAGAAGAAAGUAGGGCAAAAUGGGGAAUCAACAGAAACAGAAGAAAACCUAUGAGCUCUGGAGUGUACUUUUUUUGUUUUUUGGUUCUUGGAUUCUCUGUUUUUGUCGGUUUGUUUGUUUGUUUGUUUGUUGGGGAAGUAGUUUUCCUCUGUUUUAAUCGACCUUGAGAUUGUAAAUCUUCAUUAGAGUAAAAAAAAAAAGUUGAC